AUGCAAGAUAUUUUACCAUCAAACGGUGAAACUGAACGCGGUCGCGAACAUGGCUCUUCUCGUUCGCGAGCCCUACGUUCACGUUCACCACGUCCCCGAUCUAUUAGUCGCAGUAGAACACGCAGUCGUAGUCCACGAAAAUCGCGUUCUACUCGUCGUCAUAGGCGUCGUUCAUACUCCAAAACUUCUUCAAGUAGGAGUCGUUCAAGAAGUAAAGACAGAAGGAGAAGAAGCCCUAUUAGGAGCCAUGGGAGUCGCGAUAGAAGCCGAGGAAGGAGGAGAGCGAGUAGAAGAGAUGAACCUGAACCCAGCCAUGUUUUAGGAGUUUUUAACCUGAGUCUUAGGACUACUGAAAAAGAUCUACAAAACAUAUUUGAACGCUAUGGAAGAGUUAAUAAUGUUACUAUUGUAUACGAUCAUCGGAGCGAUCGUUCUCGUGGAUUUGGAUUCGUUUAUAUGAAUUCAAUUGAUGAAUCAACCAUUGCCAAGGACAAGACAAACGGCAUGGAACUCAAUGGUAGAAAUAUGCGUGUUGAUUAUUCAUUGACUCAAAGACCGCAUACUCCCACUCCUGGAGAAUAUAUGGGCGAUAGACCAAGAUACCGUACUUCUUAUUCUUAUCGUCGAACACCUUCAGUCUCGCCUACACGUUUUAGAAGAAAAAGUCCUACACGUUCUAAAAGUCGUAGUUGGUCAAGGGAUAAAAGAAGAUCUCAUAGUCGUAGUUAUUCAAAGAGAAGGUCAUUUAGUCGUGCCAGGAGAUCUCGAAGCUAUUCUCAUUGA